AUGGAAGAAAAUUUGGCGUCGGCCGCUGCGCAGGUUUCGCCUUUCGAAGCUGCCGCGCGCACUGGUGAGGCCAUCUCCAGUGACGAAUCAGAGGGAACCUCGAGUUCAUACGAUUCGGACCAAUUUAUUACGGAUACUGAAAUGCCGGACCACAAAGACCCGGAGCACGAGCAGGAGCCAGAGCUGGAACAAGAGCCUGAGCAGCAGCCGGUGGAUGACGACGCGCCGCAGGAAACGGUGAGCCAGCCGAGGGUCCACCACAUAGUGCCGCGGCACGUCCCCGAGCCAGAACCCAGCGCCCAGCAGGAGCCCGAGGACGCACCGGAGGAGCGGAGCGACGACAGCGACUCCGACCGGUAUGUGCGCUCGUCGGACGACGAUAGCGACUACCACUACGGCCGCUCGCCGUACUCGAGUGGCAGGAGGGGGAUGUCCAGCAGCGACUACGAGGAGUUCGACAUACGCUCCCGGCCCAAGGGCAGGAGCAGGGGCCUGUCGGCGCGCUGCCACUACUACAACGACCCGGAGGAGUACAAGGUCCCGGAGUCAGCGGGCGGGGCGCCGGGGUCAUACGACGUCGUCGCAAAGAGGAAGCCGCUGAUCAUCAGGGCGAAGAACUGCGUUCAAAACCUGGCCCGGAAGCAGUACGACGCGGUGGCCAAGUUGACCCGCUACUGCAAGAAGCAAUUCAGCUAG